AGUCCCCCUACACGCUUCUAUAAGGCUUUUCCUUUCCAACUUCAGCUACAGUGUUAGCUAAGUUUGGAAAGAAGAUUUUUUUUAAAAAAGAUCCCUGGGCCGUUUGUAUUUUAUUUGUCAUUGCACUCGUUGGGGUCUUUCAGCACUCGGCUGUUGUGCAUUUAGUGGUGCUAUCGUCUGUUCUUUGCACUCCUGUUAACAACAAACACCUCAGAAGAGCAGCACCAUCAACAGUAGCAGCAGAAGAGCAAGCGGGGGGCGUCUGGUGUCAUGAACCGGGCGAGAGAUCCAAACCGCCAGGGAGGAUGCUGUGGUUCCUUUACAAGCUACCUGACCUCUGCAAAAUUCCUUCUCUACCUUGGCCAUUCUCUGUCUACCUGGGGAGAUCGGAUGUGGCAUUUUGCAGUGUCUGUGUUUUUGGUGGAGCUCUAUGGAAACAGCCUCCUCCUGACUGCAGUCUAUGGGCUGGUGGUAGCAGGGUCUGUUUUAGUCCUAGGAGCCAUCAUUGGUGAUUGGGUAGACAAGAAUGCCAGACUUAAAGUGGCCCAGACUUCUCUGGUGGUACAGAAUGUUUCGGUAAUCCUGUGUGGAAUCAUCCUGAUGAUGGUUUUCUUACAUAAAGAUGAGCUUCUGACCAUGUACCAUGGAUGGGUUCUUACAUCCUGCUAUAUCAUGAUCAUCACUAUUGCAAAUAUUGCAAAUUUGGCUAGUACUGCUACUGCAAUCACAAUCCAGAGGGAUUGGAUUGUCGUUGUUGCAGGAGAAGACAGAAGCAAAUUAGCAGACAUGAACGCUACAAUACGAAGGAUUGACCAGUUAACCAACAUCUUGGCCCCCAUGGCUGUUGGCCAGAUUAUGACAUUUGGCUCCCCAGUCAUUGGUUGUGGCUUCAUUUCGGGAUGGAAUUUGGUGUCCAUGUGUGUGGAGUACUUUUUGCUCUGGAAAGUUUACCAGAAAACUCCUGCUCUAGCUGUGAAAGCUGCUCUUAAAGUAGAAGAAGCUGAAUUGAAACAACUGAAUUUACACAAAGAUACUGAGCCAAAACCCCUGGAGGGAACUUGUCUAAUGGGUGAGAAAGACCCUACCAACCUUGAGCAUGAACGUGAGCAAGAGCCCAACUGUGCCUCUCAGAUGGCUGAGCCCUUCCGCACCUUCCGAGAUGGAUGGGUCUCCUAUUACAACCAGCCAGUGUUUCUGGCGGGCAUGGGUCUUGCUUUCCUUUAUAUGACUGUCUUGGGCUUUGACUGCAUUACCACAGGGUACGCCUACACUCAGGGGCUGAGUGGCUCCAUCCUCAGUAUUUUGAUGGGAGCUUCAGCCAUAACUGGAAUAAUGGGAACUGUGGCUUUUACUUGGCUCCGCCGAAAAUGUGGCCUGGUUCGGACUGGUCUGAUCUCAGGAUUUGCCCAGCUUUCCUGUUUGGUCUUAUGUGUGAUCUCCGUAUUCAUGCCUGGAAGUCCCUUGGACUUAUCUGUUUCUCCUUUUGAAGACAUUCGUACUAGGUUCAUUCAAGGAGAGCCACUGCCCACUAUUACACCGACAGAAAUACCUGAAGUCAUCUUUACAACUGAAAUGCACAUUUCAAAUGGGUCUAGUCCUACUAAUAUUGUUCUAGAGACGAAUCCUAAACCUGUACCUAUAAUCUCUGUCAGUCUGCUGUUUGCAGGUGUCAUUGCUGCUAGAAUUGGUCUUUGGUCUUUUGAUUUAACUGUGACACAGCUGCUGCAAGAAAAUGUAAAUGAAUCUGAAAGAGGCAUUAUUAAUGGUGUUCAGAAUUCCAUGAACUACCUUCUUGAUCUUCUGCAUUUCAUCAUGGUUAUCCUGGCUCCGAAUCCUGAAGCUUUUGGCUUGCUCGUAUUGAUUUCAGUCUCCUUUGUGGCCAUGGGCCACAUUAUGUAUUUCCGAUAUGCCCAAAAAACUCUGGGCAACCGUCUCUUUGUUUGUGGUCCUAACGAAAAAGAAGUCACGAAUGAAAUUCAAACUAACACAUCUGUUGUGUAAGAAGUUUAACUGUUGCUUAUCCCUGUUACUAGAUUAAAUAGAGCACAUGUGCCUAUUUUAUACUUUAAAGUUCCUAUAAAUUGUUGGGUGUUCCUCUCUAGUUUUACC